CACUAACCGACUACAGCCAACCUGCGGUGCGAAGAUCACACAAGAUUUCUUCCAAAAAUCGACGAGCGUCGGCUCAAACCAGCGGUACUAUAAUCCCUUGGUGGCCUGUGCGCGCAUAUACCUGCACAGUAUUUGUCGUCUAGUCCAGGUUUUGAACAAUAAUUUCUUCGCGAGAGACCUCAAUUCCACGCCCUGUGCUCUGAAUCAUGACAAUUGAAAUACAGAUCAUAGAGACCGGAACUAUCCGUGUUCGUCCGAGCCAACUCACGCAACCUCCAGGGAAUGUUCUACUUCGCCGGCUACGAUUCCUGACAGAUUGGAAACUUACCGACCCAAUCCCGAUCUAUGCCUUUCUCAUCAAGCACCCCGAAGGCAACUUUCUAUUUGAUCUGGGUGAGACACCACGAUGCCUGGAAAAGGGUUAUUACCCCUGGUGGCAGAUUGGCCACCAUGUCGUCUCCAUGAACAUCGGCCCAAAUGACGGACUUGGCUCUCAGCUUCGAGAAUUGGGAGUGAAUCCAGAAACUGAUAUCAAGGCUGCCAUCAUCUCGCACCUGCAUAGCGACCAUGCGGGCGGCCUAUCCGACGUCCAUGGAAUGACGGAGAUCUACGUCGGCUCGGAACACUGGGCUGCCUUUCAAAACACCACGUAUGCGACCAUGGAGGGCGCAAACCCAUCAGCAUGGCCCGAAGGGUUCAAGCCAACAAUGCUGGAACAAAACGGUCCACCUAUCGGCCCCUGGGAACAUAGUUACAAGAUAUCAAGCGACGGAAGAAUUCUGGCUGUCGACACUCCCGGGCAUGUACCGGGUCACCUUUCCUUAAUCAUCAUCGACGACGAUGUCACGUAUUUCCUUACCGCAGAUGCCGCGUACAGUCAGACGCUCCUCGAUCAGCAGCUCAUCGACGGUAUCAACACUGACCCGUAUGUUGCGUUGGAGUCGCAACGGAGGAUCAAGGAGUUCUGCAAGUCCAGGGAUGUCGUGUUGCUCCCCUCGCAUGAGUUUGACUCGGUACGACGGCUGAGAGAGAAAGAGGUUUAUCGGCCAAGUGAGACACAAUAG